CUAAAGCUGAAGCAGGCAAAAAGACAAGGCACGCAGAGGACAGAGAAAAAGUGUGUGUCUUUAUAUACCGAGUCCUUUGACUCGGAAUCCCUCCUUUUCUCUCUCUGUUUCUCUUCUUGCCCUUUUGAAUAGAUAGAUAUAUUGGGGGCAAAAUUCUACGGAGCAGCCAAGAUACGGAAAGAUGGAAGGUAAGAGAGCGGAGGAAGCUGCUGGCUCAUCCUCAGGGCUUCCCGAAUCGACGUCAGAAAUGCCUGAAAAUCCAAAUGAAGAGGAAGAAGAAGUAGACGAGGAGGAGGAGGAAGCCGAUCAUCAUAAAACUGGUGGGGUAGUUAAUGCCUUUGUUCCUGCUCCUCCUGUUUCUCUCAAGGAGCAGAUCGAACUCGACAAGGAGGACGAGAGCCUAAGGAGGUGGAAGGAGAAGCUAUUGGGUUGCUUGGAGAGUGAUUUAGAUGGGCAAAUGGAUCCUGAAGUGAGAUUCCAUUCCAUUGGAAUUGUGUCUGAUGAUUUUGGUGAAAUUGUUACUCCGCUACCAGUGGAUGACAACCAAAAUGGUCGAAUCCUAUUCACUCUCAGGGAGGGUUCUCGCUAUCAGUUUAAGCUCAAAUUUAGUGUCCUCCACAACAUUGUAUCUGGCCUCGCAUACUCCAACACGGUUUGGAGAUCUGGGCUUCAAGUUGACAAGAGCAAAGGAAUGUUGGGUACUUUUGCUCCUCAGAAAGAACCAUAUGUCCAUGCCUUGAACGAGGAGACCACUCCAUCUGGCGCGCUUGCAAGAGGUCUUUACUCUGCUGAACUUAAGUUUGAAGAUGAUGACAGAAGGUGUUACUUGGAGCUUAAAUAUUUGUUCGAGAUUAAGAGGAGCUAGCCAGCCAGCCAGCCCUGGUUACCUGAUAAAUCUUUUCUUCUAGCAUUUGCUUGUAAUCCUUUCUUUUUGAAAGUAAACAAAGCUCUUGAGAUGUCACUUGUGGUGCAUUUUUAUAUUUGUUUGUUCACAACUGCAAAAUGAUUUUAUUCUGAUAUGCGCACACAAAGAGCUUAUCUUUCACUUGAA